AUGAUCAUUCCAACAGAGCUGUGGAUUGAAAUUUUCAAAUUCAUUCCAUUCCGACAUGCCAACAGCGGAAAGAAAGUAUCAGUUUUAUCCAUCGGUUGUGUCUGUAAAGAAUGGUCGUUUUGGUUUCUUUCCGAUCAUCCUCUUGCGAAUAUGUUGUGGUAUUUGCGAGUUCGGCACUAUCUAUUUUGUGGUCAUUCCAUAAACAAGGUUCUCGGAAACGAUCUUGUUCUUCCUAGGCUUGUUCGAAAAAAUUUACAAUUUUGUGUGGAUUUUCAAUUUUUGAAUCAAGUAUUGAGAAAUGAUUGUUAUGAAAGUAUUCAAUUUUACAAUCAAGAAAAUGAUGGUGUUUUUAAUGGAAUCAAUCGGUUAUUUCAUUUCAUCUCACACUAUCAUCCUCAAGUGAAAUGGAAACAAGUAUUGAAAAAAUUAAUUCAAAAUUCCUAUGUAACGCAAUACUUGUCAAGUCUUACGAAUCGAAUCGUCGAGUCGAUGAAUCCAUCUGGAUACUAUGCAAGAGGAUCAGCUGAAAGAUUUGUUCAUUUACGUAAUGAUCAUGAUUCGAACAUGUUUCACAUUGCACAAUUUUUGGAGAAACUACACGCCUCUCAGAAUCGAGUGAACGCUCUGAAUUCUCUCAUUCAAUACUUGAAUUCCAUCUUUUGUCAAAGAGAGGACAACUUUUGGAAAGAUUUUCAAUUGCCGAAUAGUUGCGACAUGCAAAACCGAGUCACACGAUCAAUGGGUGUAAUGUCCAAAGAAACAUAUCAUGAAUUUUUAAAACAAGUCUUUCGACCACCUCGAACAUGGCUUUGUUCUUUUGAAAGACCAAGAAUGAUGAAAAUUUUUUUAACGGUUUAG